AUGCGGCAUCACAUAAGCCGCGAGCAGGGCCUUCAGUAUUGGAAGAAGGACACUGAGGACGAGGACAGCGAGGAGGAUGACAAGGCCAAGAAAGACAAGGCCAAGAAAGACAAGGCCAAGAAAGACAAAGCCAAGAAGGACAAGACUCCUGAGGAGAUGGCUGUCAUCGAGGCAAAGAAACGCGAGAAAGAUAUCAAGCGAAUCCCCGAGGCAGACUUCACGCAGAGAUCGGGUCAUUGCUGA